UCCAGGAUUUUACCAUUUUAAUUUUUUUUUCUUUUGCUUUCCUGCAGACGCCUUGCUGGCAGACCUUGAAUCUACCACCUCACAUAUCUCCAAGCGACCAGUGUUUCUAACAGAGGAAACACCUUACUCCUAUCCAACCGGGAACCACACAUACCAGGAGAUUGCCGUGCCACCUCCAGUGCCCCCGCCACCUUCCAGUGAGGCCCUGAAUGGCACUGUGAUUGACCCCUUAGACCAGUGGCAACCCAACGUAUCCAGAUACGUCCACCAGCAACCUCAGUCCCAGUCUCCUAUAUACAGCUCUAGUGCCAAAAGCUCCAGUGCCUCUGUUCCUCGAGACGGGCUCAGCUCUCCUUCUCCCCGUGCCAGUGAAGAGGAACACGUCUACAGUUUCCCGAACAAGCAGAAGUCUGCAGAACCAUCUCCCACAAUGACCAGUUCCUCUCUGGGCAACAACCUGUCAGAACUGGACAGACUUCUUCUGGAACUGAAUGCAGUUCAACAUAAUCCCACCAGUGGCUUCCCAGCAGAUGAAACCAGCAGAAGCCCAUCACUGCCCAGCGUGACUGGACCUCACUAUGUCGUCCCAGAGAGCAGCGGCUCUGUGGGAGGGAAGGCUGCACCCCCUACAAAAGAAAAGCCAAAGCGAAAUGGCGCACGUGGGAUUGAAGAUGUGCGUCCCAGUGUGGAGAGCCUGCUGGAUGAGCUGGAGAGCUCGGUGCCAAGCCCAGUGCCUGCAAUCACUGUGAGCCAAGGAGAGGUGAGCAGCCCGCAGCGGGUGACUGCCAGUCAGCAGCAGACCCGUAUAUCUGCUUCUUCAGCUACACGGGAACUGGAUGAGCUGAUGGCAUCUCUCUCUGACUUUAAGUUCAUGGCGCAGGGGAAAGCUGGGAGCGGCUCCCCUCCAUCCACAGCCUCCAAGCCUGGCAGCCAGCUGGACACCAUGCUGGGAAGUCUUCAUCUUCAGUCUGACCUGAACAAGCUGGGUGUAGCUACAGUUGCCAAAGGUGUCUGUGGAGCCUGCAAGAAGCCUAUUGCUGGGCAGGUAGUUACAGCCAUGGGGAAAACCUGGCACCCUGAGCACUUCGUCUGCACCCACUGCCAGGAGGAGAUCGGAUCGCGGAACUUCUUUGAGCGGGAUGGUCAGCCCUACUGUGAGAAGGACUAUCACAACCUCUUCUCCCCUCGCUGCUACUACUGCAAUGGGCCGAUCCUUGAUAAAGUGGUGACGGCUUUGGACAGAACAUGGCACCCCGAACACUUUUUCUGUGCCCAGUGUGGAGCUUUCUUCGGACCUGAAGGAUUUCAUGAGAAGGAUGGCAAGGCCUAUUGCCGCAAGGACUACUUUGACAUGUUUGCUCCCAAGUGUGGAGGCUGUGCCCGGGCUAUCCUGGAAAACUACAUUUCUGCCUUGAACACCCUGUGGCACCCUGAAUGCUUUGUCUGUCGGGAAUGUUUCACACCAUUCAUCAAUGGCAGCUUCUUUGAGCACGACGGGCAGCCCUACUGCGAGGUGCAUUACCACGAGCGUCGCGGCUCGCUCUGCUCCGGUUGCCAGAAGCCAAUCACGGGACGCUGCAUCACUGCUAUGGGCAAGAAAUUUCACCCCGAACACUUUGUCUGUGCCUUCUGCCUCAAGCAGCUCAACAAAGGAACCUUCAAAGAGCAGAAUGACAAGCCCUACUGCCAGAACUGCUUCCUCAAGCUCUUCUGUUAGAGGCAUCGUAGAUGGGCGCUAAGCAUCUUUCUGCCACCCCCUUGGCAGUUCUGUCUCUCUGAACAUAACUGUGAUUUAGAAACCUUACCAGGCAGGGGAGGAGGGUGGGGUGGGGGUGGGAUGGGCGUGCUUUCUGCUGCUGUGGAGAGGCAGUAGGUCCAGAGAGGAGAUGGACCAUUCAACUGGAAAUGCCC